CCAAGUUCUGCUAGGGAGACGGGGAAGAGGGAGAGAGAGAUAAAGAGGGGGAGAGGGAGGGGACCCAAUUGCGGUGGGGGUGCAAUAGCCUCACAGUGACCAGAAAGUGCCAAUUCAGCUCGGAGUACCAGUGCGCGAGCGAGCGGAGACGCAGAGCCGUUGGCGAAAGAGGAAGAGGCGCGAGGGAGGAAAGACUGCGGGCGAAACGGGAGGGAGUUCGAUGAAAGGAAACAGCCUGACGAUGGGACACAAUGUGGUUACAGCUGUUUGCCAAACAAAAAUACAUGAAUCCCGUCGCUCGUCGACUGACCUGUGAUCACAGCCAAGGAAAAAAAUAAUAAACCUCUAAAGAAAUUCGAUUGAACCUGGGAGACACCGGGGGGAUACGAAUCGCCACUAGUACAAACAGCCCGCACAAUGAAGAAAAGCAACUUGGCCAAACGGGGACCGCAGGAUGCCCAGCAGCCGCCGUCGCAGCCAGAUAAAACCGGCUGGAUUCGCAAAUUUUGCGGUAAAGGGAUUUUUCGGGAGAUAUGGAAAAACCGCUUCGUGGUGCUGAAGGGGGACCAGCUGUACAUCUCCGAGAAAGAGGUGAAGGAUGAGAAGCGGGUUCAGGAGGUGGUGGACCUGUCGGACUACGAGCGUUCGGAGGAGCUGCGUCGGUCCAAGAGCCGCAGUAAGAGGAACCACAGCAAGUUCACCCUGCUGCGCUCUCGCCAACCUGGCAACCCGCAGGUUCCCAACCUGGUGUUCCUGGCGGUGAGUCCGGAGGAGAAGGAGUCCUGGAUCAGCGUCCUGAACGUGGCCAUAACUCGCGCCAAGAACCACGCCCUGGACCAGGUACGACCCAGCUCAUCCCUCACUCCAUCCAUCUCCCGUGCCCUGGACCAGGUACAACCCUCCUCAUCCCUCACUCCAUCCAUCUCCCGCGCCCUGGACCAAGUACGACCCUCCUCAUCCCUCACUCCCUCCAUCCCCCGCACCCUGGACCAAGUACAACCCAGCUCAUCCCUCACUCCAUCCAUCUCCCGCGCCCUGGACCAAGUACAACCCAGCUCAUCCCUCACUCCCUCCAUCUCCCGCGCCCUGGACCAAGUACAACCCUCCUCAUCCCUCACUCCAUCCAUCUCCCGCGCCCUGGACCAAUCUUUCUCCCCCUCUCUCUCUGUCUCCCCACCUCUCCAGGUGACCGUGGAAAGGGAGAGUCCCCUCUCCCACCCCACACGGGACCGGCCCAAGAUCCCCCACGCCCGCCGCCUGCCCACCCGCGGGCAUCUCCUGGCCGUGGUACGAGUCACAUGACACCUCCACGAACAAAGAUCCUCUGUAGAACACAAGACAUUCAAGCGCUGCAUUCUUUCCUUUGAUAACUGAAACCCCCGCCGCCCACCUGCUCUGUCUCCGGAACUUCUCAGGCAGACUUCAUUGUGACCUCAUCCCCACCCCAGCAAUCUGAUUGGUUCCAGCCAAGUGUUCUGUCGGCGUUAUGCUGUAGGGUCAACGGGUUGAGCUGGUCUGAAUCACCAGCUCAGAGUUGAACCCCGCCCACACAAGAUCACGAUUUUCUCGAGGAAGGAACUGAUGUAAUGUUGCCUUAAAAACCCAUCUCCCUGGGUGGACUUAUCUAAGGCCAUUACAUCACCCUGAAUGGUUAGGCUCAUGGUCCUGUCAGGUUAUGAUUCCGACACCUGAUACUAGCUGUGACCAGACAUUAGUCAGCCUGUCUAGUGAUUGGUUGUCUAGUGUCUGACCUGUCUCUUUCUGGCGCUCUGAUUGGCUAAUGUUUGGGUGGGCAGUCUCUCUGAGUACAUGGUCCCUCUUCAUUCAAUGAGGUGUCAGUGACAUCACAGACAGCUCUGGAUGGACAGCUGAGGUGUGUGUGAAUGUGGAUGUGUUAUCUGUGACAGAAGUGUGUUGGAGAGCUUUCUGAAAUAGACUCUUUAUCAGCUGGCUGCAAGCUAUACCCUGAGGUGGAGGAAUGAAGAGAGAGAGAGAGAGAGAGAGAAUGUUAGGAUAGGAUAUUAAUAUUAAAUUAUAUGGUCUUGUUUUUAAAUAUAAUAAUUUAAGGUAUGGAGGAUUGGUUGGUUGGCUGAUUAAAUGUAUAGUUAAUUGGUUAGUUGGCUGAUUAAAGGUAUGAUUGAUUGGUUGGCUGGUUGAAGGUAGCUGAUUAAAGGUAUGAUAUAUUAAAUUAUAUGGUCUUGUUUAUUAAUUUAAUAGUUGAAGGUAUAGCUGAUUGGUUGGUUGGCUGAAUGAUGGGAUGGUUGAUUGGUUGAUUGUUGUCUGGUUGGAUGAGUUGUUGACUGAUUGAAAGUAUGGUAGAUUGGUUAGCUGGUUGAUUGAAGGUAUGGUUGAUUGGCUGAUUGAAGGUA